AUGCAACACAACAUGUCUUGGAAAGAGCAAGCUGAGCGUUUCAUGGACUUCAUGUCCAACGCCCCCACGGCCUACCAUGCAUGCGAUCUUCUGGCCCAAGACUUUGAUGCAGCUGGAUACAAGGAGUUGUAUGAGCGAGACGAAUGGGACCUCACGACACACAAUAAGUUCUACGUGCGACGAAACGGAAGCGCUAUCAUGGGAUUCGUGAUUGGUGAGAAUUGGACGCCUGGAAACGGUGUCGGAGUUGUUGCCACGCAUACCGAUGCUCUAUGUGGCCGAGUCAAGCCCAUCAGUAUCAAGCAGCCUGUGGAUGGGUAUAAUUUGUUGGGUGUGGCUCCUUACUCUGGUGCUUUCAGCUCUGUGUGGUGGGACAGAGAUCUAGGAAUUGGAGGACGACUGAUUGUUCGAGACGAGGCUUCCAAGUCCGUGACUUCCAAGCUGGUUCAUGUCCCUUAUCCCAUUGCUCGAAUCCCAACUCUGGCACCCCAUUUCGGAGCUCCUGCAAACCCUCCUUUCAACCCUGAGACUCAAAUGACUCCUAUAAUUGGUCUCACAUCGUCUAAGGAAGUCAAGGCACCUACAGAUGAAGAGAAGCAGUCUCCCAUGGUUGGAAAACACUCGAUCGACCUGCUCCGAGUCCUCGCUAAACACGCACGCGUGCCAGUGAAGGACAUUCUGCAGGUCGAGCUUGAGCUAUUCGACACUCAGGACCCUGUCAUUGGAGGUCUUAACCACGAGUUCAUCUUCUGUCCUCGAGUUGACGAUAAGCUGUGCACUUACACUGCUGUGCAGGGCUUCAUUGCCGCCAAGCACGACGACAGAGCUCUCAACGUCGUUGCCUGCUACGAUAACGAAGAGGUUGGCUCUGGGACUCGUCAGGGUGCUCAGGGAGAUUUGUUCCAAUGCAUUGUUGAGCGGGUCGUGGCUCAUGGUAUGGACUCCUCUGUAGCCAACCAAGCAGCGGAGUACACUCGACAGACCUACGCCAACUCAUUCUUGGUCAGUGCUGAUGUGGGCCACGCUGUGAACCCCAACUUUUCUGACGCAUACCUUGAGUUCCACAAGCCGCAGCUCAACUACGGAAUGACACUCAAGGUAUACCCGAAUGCUGCUACCACGUCCGAUGCAGUUUCCAUGGCUUUGAUCGAGGAGAUUGCUCGACGAACAGACAACAAGACCCAGGUGAUGCAUACUCGAAACGACACUCGUGCUGGAGGAACUCUGGGUAAGUUCCUUGCCUCAGCUACAGGUAUGCGAGCAGUCGAUGCUGGUAUUGCUCAGUUGUCCAUGCACUCUAUCCGAGGCACACUUGGUUCCAAGGACAUUGCCCUGGGUACUCGAUUCUUCCGUGACUUUUACUCCUCUUGGUAUGAAGUUGACCAGGAGUGGAAGAAUGGUGAUAUUUGA